AGGACCUCAUGUUUACUUGUAUCCCAGACGCCUUUUCCCCCACCCGGACUACUACCCCUCAAUUUUUCUGAAACAAGCUCCUUUUUCUUGGUCUCUGUCUGUUAACUCGCAGUAGAUUCUCUAACGAUAUCUAAAACUAAAAUCGCUUCAGCGAUUUUUUAUCUUUUGCCCAUCGCUUCUUCAUAUACUAUCUUUUCGCUGUUUCUUCUACGUCUACCCCCUUGGCUAAGAAUUGCUCAUAUUAUUAUUUCAGUCAGCACGAGCACCUUUUGCUUUUCAGCUUUAUUCCUUUGUAAAGGAUGGAUCCAAGCUAUAGUCGAGUUUCUGCGGACGAUCUCUUGCGCAUCGUCGACCAGGCGGACGCACGAGCGGGCGCAGUUUCUCCUGCUAGACAGCCUUCAGCCGCAUCAUCCUCAACCGGUCGACCUGGUCCGCACGAUCCGCAGCAGCACCAACUCCCCCCGUCCUCAAGCACGGGAGCCGCCGCCUCUAGCAGCUCCGCACCACCCCCGGACACGGACUGGGAUCUGAUUGUGGGCUCACUGCUAAAGCCCGCGAAUGGAACCAGUGCGGAAACCUCCUGUUCCGCAAAUCCGCCGCAGAUGUCCCCUUUGGACGCGGAGCAGAUACGGGAGAUUUUGCGCGCAGAUUUCGAAGAGCUCGCAGGGGCAAACUCCGCAAGCACCUCAACUUCGGCGCAUGACAAACUAAAUAACGCAGGAUCAUCAACAUCUUCCCAACCUCCAAAUAGAAUAGACCAGCAGUCCUUUCAGUCCGAGGAUUUUUCCCAGCAGACCAGCGAGUUUUUGCAGCAGAACUUCGAGCUCUACGAAGAUAUGGAUUGCAAAAAUGUCUGGGUCUGGAAACUUGUAAUGCUGCGUUGGGAAUAAUGAAUGCUCUGUAAUGCACAGUCAAGCAUGAGAAAUGUCUGCGCUUCUUUGUGUUGCGUUUUUCGCAUGACAAACUGCGUUUUUGCAUGACAGGCAACAGGGUCUCUUCUUGGACACGCAUCGCAAACUUUUUGGUCAUGCCAGACAAGCAUGACAAACUUGCAAUCUUCCAGACCCAGACAUUUUUGCAUUUGAUAGAAGACGCCUUCGACCUCUUCGGGGCGGUGACUGUGGAAAAGGCCGUGAAGUUGGGACAGUGCGACACGCUGGAGGAAAUUAGCGAUUACGUCGAGAGGCACCAACACGAACCGGAUUGGGCGCUUUCGAUGGAAGCGAUCGACUUCCGGCAGACACUGGACCUGCUGACCAAGGUGCACGAUAUCUACGCGGCGAAAACUACGACGGAAAGUGAGAGUUUUGGAGCCGCGAUGGAACUUACGCCGAAAGCGGGUGUGGACGAGAGUGUCGACGAAGGUAAAGAAAUCUGAAGCUGCGUUUGGUCACACAACUGAUUUCAGUUGUUUAUUCGUUAUUCCUUUUGCAUUCGCAUCUAGUUCUAGAUCUACCAUCUACGUUCGCCGUGUUAUGAAAGAGUGCCUUCUUCUACGUAAGUGCCAUUGACGAGCAAGAAGUCAAAAAAGAUUAUACAAAUCGUCACAUCAAAAUUUUCCUACAGACGAGCAGCGCAACCGGCGGUUGGAGCUUUUGCACAAGAUUUUUUCGAAGAUUGCCUACCACCCGUUCGAUGACAAGGUGCGGAGUGUAAAAGCCAAAGUUAUUUACGACAAGAUGUCCGCCGACUUACUGCUCCAAGGGAAAGUCGCAGACUUGAUGGUGACCUGCGGUUUUCAGAUAAAAGCAGAGUCCCCACGGGGCAACAACGACGCAAACAACACGACGAGCAUCGCCGCGCAGGUGAUGCGCGUGAAGCAGGAGAAGUUGAAUUUGACGGUGCAAAAUGCGAACAGCCAGGUUGUUUUUCAUUUCCCGCACCAACUCGACACGGACCGGAAGGAGGUGGUGCGUUUCCAUCGCGUUUUCAGCUUACUCGAGGAUCUGGUCUCCAGCUUGCAAGUGGAGGAGCUGCAGGCAGUGGAAGUUGACCUUGCGCCCGGUGGCGCGACUUCUGCAACAGAAGUGCUUUGCUCCACCCCGAACUUGUCUUCCUCCGCACAGAGCAGCAAGAACACGGUAGUGGCUAGUACGCCGUCGAUACUAGAGCUGCAGCCCCCUGUAAUAUUAACGCCUAAGGUCGUACAACAAGGGACGACUUCUAAAGCUUCCUCCUCGUCGUCCGUCGGCAGUCCCACCCCAAACAGCAACCAGUCCUUCUCGCCGCCCGAGCGCGGAGUUCAUCCUGGCGGAGAGACCACGAGCCGGAGCAAACCGCCGCAGCAGCAGAACAGGCCCGGUAGCGGGAAAAAGGAGCCCUACAUACCCGGGAAGAAACCGCCGAUCUCCAAAGACGAAAUGCGCCUGAAGCGGCUGGCAAAGUUGGAGGAAGGGACUUCUGCAGGGAGUAGCCUUGGAUCGACUGCUGCCAAGGCGAAGUCUUCCGCCGCCCGGUCGCUGCAGGGGGCGCUGGACUACGGGACCAUGAGGAGAAAAGUGGUGAAGGAGCAGGAUCGGAGGGAGAAAGAGCAGGAACAGAGAACCGGCGUGGUCAGGCGGAGAAACAAGCCAAAGGCGACGGGGUACUGGGGCAACGUGUGGAGUCUGAUGGAACACAACAACACGGCGGAGAAUUUCCAAAUCCGGUCGGUGCCCAACCGGAACAACCCGGUAUGGCGGUCCGAAGAUGAUCCGAUCAAAAGAGGCAAUGAUGGCUUUUCGACAGGUGGUCGUGGCACUCCCUCGUUGUCUGAGCUGACGGACCGAAAAGCGAAGUUCUUCAACCUGCAAGACGUGGAAAACCUCCGGUGGCGCGACGCGAUCCGGGACACCCCGAAAUACGCAGAGUCGUGGUGGAACAGCCAGCCGCAGUCGACAAAUUACAGCGAGGUGGCGCGAAGGAGUUACGACCCGGCGUAUUUGGGGCGGAAAGCGCUGGACUACACGAAUCGUUUUCGGGGCGAAAACGGCCUGCCACCUUUGAAAUGGAAUGAAGCUAUGGCGCAGAUCGCGAAAAAGCACGCGGAACAGAUGGCGAAGGGGGAAAUGCCCUUCAGUCACGACGGGUUCAACGAACGAGUUAGGCAAUUCCCCUUCCACAGCUACAGUUCAGCGGAAAAUCUGGCGUAUAACCAGGGGCACGCGGACACGGCCGGCGUCGCGGUAAACGGCUGGAUACACUCGCCGGGACACUGCAAAAAUUUGUUGUCCCUGACAAAUUUGUGCGGGAUAGGCGUCGCGGGCCGUGCGGAUGGGACUUUCUACUUCACCCAGCUGUUUGCGAAAACGGCCGGGGGGCUGGCGCCAUGAAUCGUUCUCAUUCCGUGGUAUUCUUGUACGUAGUAGACCCACUUGAUGGCCGCGGCUCUGAAAUUGCAAACCGUCCGCAGAUGAGUUUUGCUUGAUUUGAGAAAUGUUACUGACUCGCUUUCAGGAACCAUUAACUCAUGAUGCAAAUUCCGAUUUUUCCUCAAGGGAGCAACCGCGACCGGACAGGAGACGGAGACGCUUAAGGUGCGGAGCAUUUUUUCUCUAAGCGAU